GGGUGUGUGUGUCGCUCCUAUAGCUGCCUGUCAGUCACCAGCUGCUCAGCUCCAGAGAGCAGACCUAGUCUUUGAGUCUCCCCGCCAGGGCCAGAACCCCAGGCUGAGGCAGACACUGCGGAAGGUAGCUGGGCACCCAGGAGAGCAGGGCGGCAAGCCCCCUCAACGCCUACACCUUCCUCCUCCCUGGACCUAGAAGCCAGGGAAGAGCAUUCCCACCUCCAACCCCCCCCCCCCCAACACACACACAGACACACACAUACUCCCCACUCUCCCCGGGCUUUUCCUGGCCCCUCCUCCUCCUGUCCCUGCUGUGCACUGCCUUCUCCUCCUCUCCUCUCGUCUUCACCCCACCUGGGGGCGGCUGUGCUCCAGGGGGAGAGGUCAGCUUGCCUCUCCCCCACUGCCCCCCGCCACCCCCUCGCCUGUGGAUGCGGUAGCCCCUGGAACCAGCCGGAGGCAACGAGGCGAGCAGAAGACCGGCGUUUGACUAGUUGAGUGACUCAAGAUGGGAAACCACGUAGGAAAGCGAGAACUAACAUCUGAGAAGCCUAAUAAGGAUGCUGAAACAAAUGUGGGGCAAACGGAAAACAAGAGAACUAUUGCGACCCAAGAACUUCCUCAGGAAACCCCAGAAGAUAAUGAUGUGUUUGGAGAGGCAGAUGUGAACCAGAACAAUGGGCCCUCCUCUAAGGGCACAGCGGUGACAGACUCCAAGAGUACAGCGGACCCAAAGAAUGCCUGGACCGAGGCCAACCCAGCUGACACCGUGGGUCGCCCCCACUUGAUCCGCCUCUUUUCCCGAGAUGCUCCAGGAAGGGAGGACAACACCUUCAAAGAUCGGCCCUCAGAGUCAGAUGAGCUUCAGACCAUCCAAGAAGACAGUGCAGCAGCUUUGGAAGGCUCAGAGUUGAUGGCUUCACAGAAAAGAUCUUCUCAGAGGCACGGAUCAAAAUACCUGGCAACUGCAAGUACCAUGGACCAUGCUAGGCAUGGAUUCAACCCGAAGCACAAAGACACGGGUAUACUUGACUCACUGGGCAGAUUCUUUGGAGGUGACAGGGAUGUGCCCAGGAGGGCCUCAGGCAAGGAUCUACAUCAUGCAACAAGAGCCGGCCACUAUGGCUCCCUGCCACAGAAGUCUCAGCAUGGCCGCACUUAUGAUGACAACCCUGUAGUUCACUUCUUCAAGAACAUUGUGUCACCUCGGACACCACCUGCAGGACAAGGAAAGGGGAGAGGAUUAUCCCUCAGCAGAUUUAGCUGGGGAGCCGAAGGGCAGAAGCCAGGGUGUGGAUAUGGAGGAAGGGCUUCAAACUAUAAAUCAGCUCACAAGGGAUACAAGGGUGCACACCCAGAUGGCCAGGGCACUCUUUCCAAAAUCUUUAAACUGGGAGGAAGAGAUAGUCGAUCUGGAUCGCCCAUGGCUAGACGCUGAAGUUCUUCAUUGUCUUUACAGUAUUAUGUACUUGGCUUCUUAAUAUAACUGCCUUAAAUUUUUAAUAAUAUUUGCAUAAAUUGCCUAGAUAGACAAGCAAUUUCUCACCUAAUGUGUCUAUUCAGUUGUGCGUGCAGUAAGUAGAGUCAGACAACAUCGUACUGGCAAUUUCUGGCCAACAGUUGAAGGGAAAAGAAAAAUUAAGAAACACAGAGUAGUCUUAAGUGCUUUUUUAUGUUUUAAAAUAAAGUAACAGAUUCCUCAGAGUAUUCAUUCCACUUCAGAAUGCCCCCUUCCACACCCAGAAAUACAUUGGUCUUCAUUUUAGCAAAGCUCAUUCCAUCAAAUCUCACCAUCUUUGGAUUUCUUUUUCUCUGACCCAGUGCCUUAGAAUGGCACCACAGAACCAAAGCUUUUGUUCCUGAGCACUGCCAUUAAAGACAUGCCACUGUGGAAAACACAUGUGCAGAGUAGGUACGGACUGUUGAUCCAAGCUUACUUUGUUUUUCUUUUAAUGCCCCAUUCUCUCACCUCGAAAACACUUUAUUUUUCAUAACAGGAUUAGGCAGUCACAGAGUGGGUUUACAAAUGUUGGGAGCUCCAGGUAUGUGAAAUGUGGGACAGGGCAGCUGUUAACAGUUUUAAUGUGAUGGAGAAAAGAGGGGGGAAGGAAAUCCUUCCAGAAUUGCAUUUGCUCAUCACACCCAAAAAAAUUGAAUUCGAGAGUGUGGCAGAGAAAGGAAAAGGACGUCAAACUAGGGCUGGGCUAUCGCCUCAAAACAGGAAACAGGAAUUUCCCAGCAAAAUGGACAAUUCUGAGUGUACACGUGGCCACUGGAUGUCACUGCUGCUCCACACAGGCAAAGAUAUCAUAGUAUUUCUUUAGCAGUAAUAAAAACCAAAGGCUAGUUUCCUGUAAUAAAACCAAGAAAUCUAGUUUCCUGCAAUAAAACCAAGAAGUCUAGUUUCCUAAAGGAAGCCCGCUCGCUAGCUAGGAGAUUUUCAGAUAGUUCUGCACAUCUCACAGUAGCAUUGAUAGUUUUCUUGUUGGCCUGGCAGUGUCAAACUGGUAAGCUGCUCUGAAACCAUGAACCCAGUCCUAAGUUUUUAAUGGCAGUGUGUAAGCCAGUCCCCAGCUACUGUGAAAAUCCAACUACUAUAGUUGCCUCCUAGAAAUAAACUAGAGAUAAUGAAUUAGACAUAGAUGUGUAACUAUCAUGAAUAUACUGACCUGACAUGUGGUCUGGAAUGCACCAACCAUAUGUGAAUUUUUUUAAAAAAGCUCUUCUGAAUUGCACUGUUUUCUAACUUAAAUAAGCCAAAUGUUUCUUAACACUAACUCUAAUGUAUUGAUCCAGAUAUUUUGGUUCUAGCAUAUCCUUUACAGCCAGCAACAAUUGUUGGCAUCCAGCUUUCUUUAAUGUUAAUGAGUACCAAGAACAGCUAAUGCCCCAGUGUGCUGUUUUUAAUUCCAGUGCACCUUUAUACGUUUAGUGUACGUGUAAUGCAAUGUCUGUUAACAUGUAGCAAUGCAUGAAGAGAGGGUAAGGAAAAACAGGAACAAAGGAGAAAAAAACCUUCAAAUUGUUCAGCAAAAAAAAAAAAAUUACAUCUUUGAGUUAGGUUGCUGGAUGUAUUUUCUCUCUGUAGAUGUGUUUUCUCUCUAUAGCUUCACCCCAAAAAUAAACUCUGCAAUAUAGUUGAUUUUAAAAGUCAACACUGUGCUCAAAAGUGGAAAAAUCUUAAGCUUAUAAAAAUGAUUGAAAUAAAAAUAAUAAACGUUUAAUGCUA